CGCGGCGGCCGGAGCCCGGGGCCCGCCAUGGGCCGCCCCGAGCGGGGCGCGCUCCGGCCGCUGGCGCUGCUGCUGUUGCUGCUGCUGCAGCUCCAGCAUCUCGCGGCGGCGGCAGAUCCACAGCGCGGCGGCGAAGGGCCGGUCAAAGAGUGCGAAGAAGACCAAUUCCGGUGCCGGAAUGAGCGCUGCAUCCCCUCCGUGUGGAGGUGCGACGAGGACGACGACUGCUCGGACAACAGCGACGAGGACGACUGCCCCAAGAAGACCUGUGCGGAUAGCGACUUCACCUGUGGCAAUGGCCACUGCAUCCCGGAGAGGUGGAAGUGUGAUGGCGAGGAGGAGUGUCCCGACGGCUCCGAUGAGGCAGAGACCACGUGCACCAAACAGGUGUGUCCCGCAGAGAAGCUGAGCUGUGGACCUGCCAGCCACAAGUGCGUGCCCGCCUCGUGGCGCUGCGACGGGGAGAAGGACUGUGAGAGCGGAGCGGACGAGGCUGGCUGUGCCACCUUGUGCGCCCCGCACGAGUUCCAGUGCAGCAACCGCUCUUGCCUGGCCGCCGUGUUCGUGUGUGACGGCGACGACGACUGCGGCGACGGCAGCGACGAGCGCGGCUGCGCCGACCCGGCCUGCGGGCCCCGCGAGUUCCGCUGCGGGGGCGGUGGCGGCGGCGGCGGCGGUGGCGGCGCCUGCAUCCCCGAGCGCUGGGUCUGCGACCGUCAGUUCGACUGCGAGGACCGCUCGGACGAGGCGGCCGAGCUGUGCGGCCGUGCGGGCCCCGGGGCCACCGCCGCGCCCGCCUCCUGCGCCGCGGCCGCCCAGUUCGCCUGCCGCAGCGGCGAGUGCGUGCACCUGGGCUGGCGCUGCGACGGCGACCGCGACUGCAAGGACAAGUCGGACGAGGCCGACUGCCCACUGGGGACCUGCCGUGGGGAUGAGUUCCAGUGUGGGGAUGGGACUUGUGUCCCUACAAUCAAGCGCUGCAACCAGGAACAGGACUGUCUGGAUGGGAGUGACGAAGCUGGCUGCUUGCAGGAGUCAACAUGUGAGGGUCCCCGCAGAUUUCAGUGUAAGAGUGGCGAGUGCGUGGACGGCGGGAAAGUGUGUGAUGCUCAAAGGGACUGCCGGGACUGGUCGGAUGAGCCUCUGAAAGAGUGUGUUCCACCAACGUCCCCGGGAAACAGGAGGAGGCCCAGGGGGCUGAACGAGUGUCUGCACAACAAUGGCGGCUGCUCCCACAUCUGCACUGACCUUAAGAUUGGCUUUGAAUGCACGUGCCCAGCAGGCUACCAGCUCCUGGACCAGAAGACCUGUGGCGACAUCGACGAGUGUAAGGAUCCAGACGCCUGCAGCCAGAUCUGUGUCAAUUACAAAGGCUACUUUAAGUGCGAGUGCCACCCGGGUUACGAGAUGGACACGCUGACCAAGAACUGCAAGGCCGUCGCCGGCAGAAGCCCGUCCCUGAUCUUCACUAACCGGCAUGAAGUGCGGAGGAUCGAUCUGGUGAAGCGGGACUACUCACGCCUCAUCCCCAUGCUCAAGAAUGUCGUGGCGCUGGAUGUGGAAGUUGCCACCAAUCGCAUCUACUGGUGUGACCUCUCCUACCGCAAGAUCUACAGCGCCUACAUGGACAAGGCCAGCGACCUGGCAGAGCAGGAGGUCCUCAUUGACAAGCAGCUGCACUCUCCAGAGGGCCUGGCGGUGGACUGGGUCCACAAGCACAUCUACUGGACUGACUCGGGCAACAAGACCAUCUCAGUGGCCACAAUUGAUGGAAGCCGCCGAUGUACUCUCUUCAGCCGUGACCUCAGUGAACCCCGGGCCAUCGCGGUCGACCCCCUGAGAGGGUUCAUGUAUUGGUCUGACUGGGGGUACCAGGCCAAGAUCGAGAAGUCUGGGCUCAAUGGUGUAGACCGGCAAACGCUGGUGUCAGACAACAUUGAAUGGCCCAAUGGAAUCACCCUGGAUUUGCUGAACCAGCGCUUAUACUGGGUAGACUCCAAGCUGCACCAACUCUCCAGCAUUGACCUCAGCGGAGGCAACAGAAAGAUGCUGAUUUCCUCCCCUGACUUCCUGAGCCACCCUUUUGGGAUAGCUGUGUUUGAGGACAAGGUGUUCUGGACAGACCUGGAGAAUGAGGCCAUUUUCAGUGCAAAUCGGCUCAAUGGCCUGGAAAUCUCCAUCCUAGCUGAGAACCUCAAUAACCCACAUGACAUUGUCAUCUUCCAUGAGCUGAAGCAGCCAAGAGCUGCAGAUGCCUGUGAGCUGAGUGCCCAGCCCAAUGGAGGCUGUGAGUACCUGUGCCUUCCUGCUCCUCAGAUCUCCAGCCCCUCUCCCAAGUACACGUGUGCCUGUCCUGACACAAUGUGGCUGGGCCCAGACAUGAAGAGGUGCUACCGAGCACCUCAAUCUACCUCAACUACGAUGUUAGCUCCUACCACAACGAGGACACUAGCAGACACCGCAAGAGCCCCUGGGACCACCGUCCACAGCCUCACCUCCCAGAACCACAGCACAGAGACACCAAGCCUGGCAGCUGUGGUCCCCAGCUCAGUUAGUGUCCCCAGGGCUCCAAGCAUCAGCCCGUCUACCCCAAGCCCUGCGACCAGCAACCACUCCCAGCACUAUGGGAAUGAAGGUGGCAAGAUGGGCUCAACAGUCACGGCUGCUGUCAUUGGGAUCAUCGUGCCCAUGGCGGUAAUAGCCCUGCUGUGCAUGAGUGGCUACCUGAUCUGGAGAAACUGGAAGCGGAAGAACACCAAAAGCAUGAAUUUUGACAACCCAGUGUACAGGAAAACAACAGAAGAAGAAGAAGAAGAUGAGCUCCACAUAGGGAGGACUGCUCAGAUCGGCCAUGUCUAUCCUGCAGCGAUCAGCAGCUUUGAUCACCCACUGUGGGCAGAGCCCUGUCUUGGGGAGACCAGAGAACUGGAAGACCCAGCCCCUGCCCUCAAGGAGCUUUUUGUCUUGCCGGGGGAACCAAGGUCACAGCUGCACCAACUCCCGAAGAACCCUCUUUCCGAGCUGCCUGUCGUCAAGUGCAAGCGAGUGGCAUUAAGCCUUGAAGAUGAUGGACUGCCCUGAGGAUGGGACCACUCCCUUCGUGCCUCAUGGAAUUCGGUCCCAUGCACUACACUCUCUGGAUGGUGUAUGCCUGGAUGAAAGGGUUUUCUGUAUAUGGGUCUGUGUGAGUGAGUGUGUGUAUGUGUAAUUUUUUUUUUAAUUUAUGUUGCAGAAAGGUAACCACAAAGUUAUGAUGAACUGCAAACAUCCAAAGGAUGUGAGAGUUUUUAUAUGUAUAAUGUUUUAUACACUUUUUAACUGGUUGCACUACCCAUGAGGAGUUCAUGGAAUGGCUACUGCUGAGUGACUAACAUGAUGUACAUAACCAAAUGGGGCUGACGGUCCAGUAGCUUACUCAUUUUAAAACUAUAUUUACAGAGGGUAUUUGGUUUGGGGGGAAUUUUUUAGGUUUUGGAGUUUGGGGUUUGAUUUUUUUUUUUUUUUUUUGGCAUAUAAAAUGAUUAUGCUUUGUGGCUAUC